UCUUUCUGAAAGCUUUUUGAAACUUCUGUGCUAUCUGGGAAGUUAUUUCACAUCUCGAAGAAGCAGGAAUUCUCUAGAGAAAACAUGUGCAAAAAAGUCUUUCAUUGCAACAGAGGUUAACGUAUCGUCAGAAACUCAAUCUCCUGAAAUACAUGUUGGUGAGGAAUAUUUGAAUGAAGAAUGGUUAGAUGAAUAUAUGAACAACACAUCUAAUAAUUCUACAACUGAUUCAAUCUCACAGUUCACUGAAUCAUCACAAACUGUAGAUGCGUUAAUGAAUGUCCAGUCGUCAAAUACUAUACAUGAAGCUGCCACAUUUCCUGUGACUCCCGAUAGAACACCUUGCUCAAAUAACAUUCCUCGCCUACCUCAAGUUAUUAGUCCAGCAAAUUCUAUCGUAUCUUCAGGAGUUUGCAGUAACGUAUGUUCUUCACAGUCGUUAACUAAAACUGCGAAGAAACGUAAAUCAAGUAAAUGUAACAACGAUACUUAUUCUGAUGAUAUAAAAAUAACAGCUGAUACACUACAGCAACCCAUAGUUGUAAAACCACCAGAUAUAGCUGUAAAUAACCUUUCAUGUGAUACAUCAGAUCCUGUAGAUGCUUGUAUGGCAUUUGUUGGAUCAUUAUUAAAAAAUAUAAAGAAUAAAGUAUUAAAAUUAGAUGUAAUGCAUGUAUUGAUUCAAACAGUUAUAAAUGCUAGCACAACAGAUCUGGAAAAUAUAAAUAAUACAUAAAAGAUUUCUUUGAGGAGAAAUAGAUUAUCUCAUCACUCAUUUUUAUUUUUCUUUCUUAAAACAAUUAUUUCAAAAAUGUAAAAAAUAUGUUAGUCCUACAGUAUUAAAGAUCGCAACAUUUUAUUUGGCAGAGUUCCAAUAAUUUUUAUGACUGCUAUAUAAUAAAUUAUAUUUUAUUAAAAUUUUGAAGUAUUUUUAGUACAAUAAUUUGACAGUAUAUUUCCGAAUUUAUCUUAGACAAUGAGACAGUUUGAUAAUCUGUAGUUAACUUAAU